AUGGACCACAGACCCUUCGGGUCGGAUCGAUCCGACUCGAGUCGCCCGAAAUCACCUCAACUAGAGGAUUCUCCUCACGAUCCCACUCAGCAUGCCCAAUUUGAAACCCAUCCGGCAAGACCUCAGCCUAAAAACGCCUGGGCGUCACAAUCGUCAUCUCCAUACUCAUCUAGAGUGUCUUCCCCUGGCGAACUCCAUAUGGUGCCCAGGGAAUCGCAUGUUCCUUUCCAUCUCCAGCUUGAAACUUCGCUAAAUGCCCACAAUAGUGCAAUGCAUGAAACGUCCCCUUCUCAUGCUGCAUCUCAGAGGCUGAACGCAGCUUCAUAUUCCAACCCGCUGCCUGUGCAGCUGCUGCUUUCACCACAAAACGAGUCAAGUUGCAACUCACCUCACAGUGUAGCUUCCCCUGCUCACCCUGCUACCAAUACCACCUUUGGCACCUCUGACUCUCAGACAAGUGUGCCACAGCCUCCUCUUCUACGUAUAGGAAGCACAAACGCCGGAGGUGAGUUUGAUCCCAGAUCCCGAAACCAAUCUGUAUCGUUCUCGGAUCAGUACGGAUCAGAGAGAUCCCGAAGAUUCACUAUAUCUUCUCAACCCCUGACAGCAAAUUUGACCCAGCAACAAAAGUUGCACUCUCUGUCACAAACCCCCUUGGGAGGUGGUCCCUCGAGAAAACCUUCCUUGAAAGGUGAGGCUGUUCCUGCCAGUCUAAGCAGAAAUAGCUCUGCAUUGAAUACAAAUCAACAACAGCAUUAUUCGGAGCAGCAGCAGAAGCACCUCAUAAGCCAGUUUCAGAAACUUCAAACUGGAAAUGCAGAGAUUGGUGAAGGUGCUCCUCUUCAGCACAACGUCGCAGGCGCAGAUGCUCAAUCGAACGUUCCUCUGAGCCAGUUUCUGCAAUAUUCUCUCUCAUCGUCUCGCAUCGAGUCUCCGGUUUCUGCCAAUAUGCAAGAGCGUAAAGGCUCUCCAUCACCUCCUCCACUCAAGUCAUCCCACUCGGGCUCUCGCUCAGCCCUAAGAUCGAGUAGUCGGACACAAGUGCCCCAAGUGAGCCAUCUGGAGUCGGCAGCCAUUCCAAUAAACGUGAGUGGAGGCUCCUUGCUGAGAAGAAGUUCAGCAACAAGGAAAUCUAACAAAACUGUGGUGGCAUCACCAGUUGGUCCUCCAGUUCCCUUCCAAGAGUACUUAUUGAAGGAGGAUGACAAAAAAUUUCACAUACUUCUUGGCUGUACGGGAAGUGUCGCUACUAUCAAGGUUCCAAUGAUCAUUGAUAAACUAUUCCAAAUAUUUGGAACCCAGAAAAUUUCUAUUCAGCUCGUGGUGACAAAGUCGGCAGGUCACUUCUUGAAGGGCCUCAAGAUACAUAAUGAAGUAAAAAUCUGGAGGGAUGAAGAUGAAUGGGCCAACUUCACUGAAUGGAAUAACUCCAACAUGACAACUACUACUGCAUCGACAUAUGAGCCACAUACCUCAGUCAAGAAGUCUAAAAAUCCCUACGACAAGAUGAUACUUCAUAAUGAGCUCCGAAAAUGGGCCGAUAUCAUGUUGAUUGCUCCACUUAGUGCAAAUACUUUGGCAAAGAUCGCAAAUGGUAUUUCGGACAAUUUGUUAACAUCCAUCGUCAGAUCAUGGGGUCCCACAGGAGCUAUUGCAGGACAAAGUGCCACCAAGAAACCCAUACUAGUGGCUCCUGCUAUGAACACAUUUAUGUACACACAUCCCAUGACAGCCAAACAGCUUAAACUGAUCACCACUUCUGAGGAUGGUUUCGGAAUGGAGGUUUUGAAACCCGUGGAGAAGGUUUUGGUUUGUGGAGACAUUGGAAUGGGCGGUAUGCGUGAAUGGAUCGACAUCGUCGAAACUCUUCGAAAGAAAAUCAAGCUCAUGGCUUCCGAACGUGCCUCUGAGGGACUUGAUGUCUCUUUAGAAGAGCAGGAUGAGGAGGACGAGGACGAUAAUGAUAAUAUCAAUAAUAAUGGUAAUGACGAUGACGACGAUGACGACGAUGACGAUGAUGACGAUGAUGAUGAUGAUGACGAUGAUGAUGACGAUGAUGACGAUGAUGACGAUGAUGACGAUGAUGACGAUGAGGUUGAUGAGGAAGGUGACAAUGAACAAGAAAAGGAAGAGUCUCCAGUAAGCAGUGCAGAUGGAGAGGAACGAAUUAAAGGUCAGAAUCGUGAUGGUCAAGACAAGAAGGGAAAUACAGCAACGGGAAAACGAAAAGGAAUAGAAGUCAAGGAUAAUGACGAUGGUCUUAUGUUCGAGUUGUCUGAAGAUACUUCCGAUGUUGUAAGUGAGAUCCAGCGUAACAUUAGUCCUGUCAAUGAAGGAGCGCUGUCCAUAAUAUGA